GUGAAGCUUUUUUCAGGGAAAUCUGACGACCCGGAAGUGAUGAUGUAAGACUAAGCACUAGCAGCUAAACUAAAGCUAGCAACACACGAGCAAAUUGCAUUGGUUUCGCCGGCCUAAUAAGUUAUAUACCUAUCAUUAACAUAGUGGUGGAGGGGCAAAGUUCUCUCUGUGCGCUGUGAUUAUGAAACAGGAGUUCAAUCACUACUGGUGUCAGCUUCGCUGGACAUAAGAUGGCGACAGAGCUGAGACGCUUUUGGAAGCUUGGGUCAUUGAGCCGUAUCUGCACCUUCUCCCUUCUAUUUCUGUUUGUGCAUUGUCAUACGUGUAAACAUCAAGUUCCUUCUCUGUCGGAGGUUGUCCAUAAAGUGUACCUGAAGUCUGAAAGAUUAACCAAAAGAAGCUCUGAUCAACAAUUGAAGAUAGCGAUAAUUUAUGAUUCAAGUGUGGACAAGUUAACUUCAAAUAAAAGAAGACUUGUGAAGGAUAAACUGUUUUCACAAGCAAUUGAUUAUCUACAGAAGGCAUUUCAGGUUCGCCGGCAAGCAGGACCUGUAUUACUCAGCAGACAAUGUGUGACCAAUCAGUAUUUGAGGAAGAAAGAUGACCCUCACCGCUACUGCCAGGGAGCAUGUGCAGACAUCACUAAGUGUGGACCCGUCAUUGUUCCUGAGCAUCAUCUACAGCAAUGCAAGGUGUGCAGCGAGACAGGGAAAUCGUGUGGCUCAGCAGGGCCUCUGGACGGGAAGGGGGUGGAGGGGGCUGACUUUGUCCUCUAUGUCAGUGGGGUGACUACAGAACGCUGUGGACAGGAGAACAUUGUGGCCUAUGCUGCAUACUGUCAGCUGGAGUCUGAGCUGGACAGACCCAUUGCUGGAUAUGCCAACCUGUGCCCCAAUAUGAUAUCCACCCAACCUCAGGAGUUUGAGGGUAUGCUGUCAACUGUCAAACACGAAGUCAUACAUGCCCUGGGUUUUUCUGCAGGGCUGUUUGCAUUUUAUCACGAUGAUGAUGGCAAGCCUCUGACACCUCGGUUUGCAAGUGGACUACCAGCAUUCAACGAGAGUUUAGGCUUGUAUCAGUGGAGUGAUGCAGUGAUGCGUAAAGUGACUCGAUUAUGGGACAUCCGUGGUGGCGUGAUGGUCCGACAUGAAGUGCACCUACUAGUGACACCGCGUGUUGUGGAAGAGGCGAGGAGACAUUUUGGCUGUCCCAUCCUGGAGGGUAUGGAGCUGGAGAACCAGGGAGGGAUGGGUACUGAGCUGAACCACUGGGAGAAGAGGCUACUAGAGAAUGAAGCAAUGACUGGAUCUCACACUCACAACAGAGUGUUUUCUAGGCUCACCUUGGCCAUCAUGGAAGACACAGGUUGGUACAGAGCCAACUACAGCAUGGCAGAGAGGCUGGACUGGGGCAAAGGCCUGGGCUGUGACUUUGUGAUGAAGAGCUGUAAAUUCUGGAUUGAAAGGCAACGUCAGAGUCGUAAAGUGGUGACCCUUUACUGUGACACAGUGCGAGCCACACCCCUUCAGCUCACCUGCAGGCAGGACCAGCUGGCAGUGGCCGUCUGCAACCUGCAGAAGUACCCUCAGGACCUACCCCUGGACUACCAGUACUUUGACCAUAUCCCUGAAGUCUCUGUGAUGGAUCUGGCCUCCUACGGUGGAGCCGUGGAGAUCGCUGACUACUGUCCCUUCAGCCAGGAGUUUAGCUGGCACCUGAGUGGAGAGUACCAACGCAACUCCUACUGCAGGGUCCAGGAGAACCAGCCCGAUUGGUGGAGGAACUACGGAGCUGAGCAGUAUGGUCCAGACUCAGUGUGUUUGUACCAGAAGACUGCCUUCGUCAUGGAGCAGUGUACCAGACGCAUGACCUACCCUGACUGGGGAAGUGGCUGCUAUAAGAUCUCUUGCUCUACCCAGGGUCUGACGGUGUGGGUGGAGGACACUGCGUACCAGUGUAUGCGUACGGGUCAGCUGCUGAGCGUCAGUGUGCGUGUUAAUGACUGGGUAUACAAUGGGGUUCUCGUCUGUCCUGCCUGCUCAGACUUCUGUAGCGCCUGCCCUCUACCACAACAGCUCCCGCCCCUCAAUACCACCAAGAGAAUUCCUAUUGACCCUUGCUCCAGUUCCUCCAGCUUAGUGGUAACUCUGUGUCUUCUACUGUUCAACUUCAUCCCUGUGUAUGUGGAACUAACUGACUGUCUGGUUGAUUGGCUGGCUGACUAACUAACUGUAAGGUUCUCUCUCUGGGACUGCGGCCCAAAUGGAACCCCAUUCCUUAAAUGGGCCUAUGGCCAUAGGCCCUGGCCAAAAGUAGUACUCUAUGUAGGGAAUAGGGUGCCAUCUGGGACGCAAUCUGGCAGCCCGUUUUGUAGUCGACCAUACUUGGCCAUCCCACAACCUCAGGCAUCCCAUUCCAGGGUUCCACAGUCCAGUUGGAAAGGAUUUGAUCCUUGGAAAAUCAUCAAGGAAAAGUCAGGAAAGUUGUUUAGGAAUCAAUCACAUUAAACCCACCGUCAGGGAAAUUUGUGAUACUUUUGAACAAAUGUUUCGUAAAACAAAAUUCAGUGCAAAAUAUGUAUUUUACAUAUGUAUUGUAAGUUUAAAUGCCUGAAAGAAGGAUAUCUUACCAGAAUACCUUAUCUGUCCAGUUUAGACACAUUUGUACAACCUAGAACUUCUUUUAAUGCUGCAGUUUUGGAACAGACAAAGACCGUGGCCCAUUGUGAAUGACGUCAUGAAAUUGCUAGAUACUUUCAGAAAAGGGGAAAAAUAAGCCAUUGAUUGCACUUUUCUUUUUGUUAAACUAACAAACGAGGCACCAGUAAACUGUUAGCAAAAUCCGAAGAAGCCAUACCCCAAGGGUAGCUAGAUGAUCACGGUGAGGUGCCGGUGCUACUUUAUGUAUGACCCCCUAUCCUAACACUAAGACAUACUAUAUUCCCCUCAGGGGGACUGUAGCAUAUUCAGUUUCCUAGUGUUGUCAUGUACGGUUUGUUACAUUCUUAGAACUCAUAUGAAACAUCUCUACAUUUUCAGUUAGCAUUUUUAUAGCAAGUUAUCAGAUGAUUCAACGCCAAUCAAUGUAACAAUGCAGUAUUUAAAAUUGACAGCAGAUUGUUAUUAGCGUGUAUUUGUUUCCUGGUGAAAGGUCCAUAUCUGGCAAACUGGGAAGGUGCUUUAAAAGUUUGAUUGUCUUAGUUAGGCCCUUAAAAUAUCAAUUUUGGUGGGAUAUUAGAUGCAUUUGAUGAUUUUGUAGAUGCAUGCGUGACGAUAAAGGUGUAUCUGAAAUGAAAAUGGCACUAAGACUGUUUCACAGUGCAGUAAAGUUACAGGCAGGCUAGUAGUGAUGAUACUUGAUGUAGAUUGUAGUUAACUUGUUUUUUAUAAUUUUCAUAAAUAAUGGACUAAUAUAUAUUUUUUAAUAACAUUUUACUGGUGUGGGAGGGCAUAGGGCUUUUUGUUUGAUGCCUUUAAAUCCCCUAUGACGAGCCAGAGAUGUGGAAUUCACCCUGUACCUAUUAUGUGUCUCAUGUGGGAAAAUGAAUUGUGAACAGCCAUAGUGUACACCUUCUGAAGUGAAUAGGGACUUCCCAGUUUCAGAUACGCUUUCAGCUUCAAAAUUGGUCAGGGCAUUAUUCCAUAGUACCUAUAAUGGAAUAUAUGUAGUAAUGCAAUUGUAUAGUACUUACACACAGUUAUACAGUAGGACUUUCAGCUAUAUAUUCAAUUUAAAGUUAAAGGGAUAAAAAGCAUCAAGUACUAUAUGAUGGUUAUAUGCCUCUAGUAUUCCAGUGCAUCUGCUAUAAGCCCACUGUGAUGUAGUGUUGACAUAUUUGACUCGAGUGACUUGUUAUUUUGUAAGUUUGUCUAAUUUCAGUUGAUAUGGUAUGCUUUUGCCAAAUUGUAAUGUUCCUCCUAUUAGUGAAGUAACAUCAGUUAAUUUGGCUAUUUAACUUGAAUCUUGUAAGUUUCAUGGUGUAGGGUAUGGCUUUUAUAAAUACGGCAUUCAAAUUGUCUCUCUUCUCUAAGCACUCCACUGAAUAUUGAGUAAUUAAUUUGAGCAUACACUUGGUAUGAAACAAUUUGGCAACCUUACAUUUUUUGGUUUAUGUGAUGUGCCUGGGGUUGGAUUUUAACAUGCAUUGCAAAUGGCAUUAACAAAACCAACAGAUUCCAAGGUGGCAGGACACUGAAGACUAAUAAUGCCAUGUUAAACUACACUUCAGAUAGACAUGGCCUAAAACCAAACGCGUCGAACAGUACUCUGAUUAGACUAGAGUUAAAGAAGUGCCACUGACAUGCCAUGUUAUAUUGUUUAUGGUCCUAUGUAGUAACUUAUUGUUAGGUUAAUAAUAGUAUUAUGGUUUUUAUGCUACUGCUGUUUCUGAAGAUAUGAAAAAGUGAUUGCAAUAACUGUGAUAAACAAAUGAGCAGCUACCGAUUUUUUUUCUUUUUUUCUUCCCCCCAUUAGUUUAAAUAUAUAUGAAUUUUUUUCCUAUAUAGUAGGCCUAGAUCUUAAGAAACUUGUUGUUUUUAAGUUUAAUUAUGGAUCCAGUUGUAUUUGUAUUUUGUGGGUCAUUUUGCAGCUGCUUCUAGAUGUUUGGUUUUCUGUAUGUUUGCCAACAGGGUCUACAUCAAUUAUGGGAACAUUUGUAUUUCAUCAUGAGAAGGAACAAAACUGUAAUGUGUUGAUGAGCUGGAUUGAGACCACAAAAUGGUGUGAUUGUUGGUGUAUCUGUUAAUUGAGAUUACUGUACCAGAAUGCUGCUUAAGGGAAUAGUUUAAUAUUUUUUAUGGAAAAAACAAGUUAGAUUAUUCACCUUUUUGUAAUUUGUACCCAUGCAAUUGUCUGUAUUAGAAUGACUUGUUUUGUUUUUUAGUUACAUUCCAGGGCUACAAGUGAAGGAUGGCAGUGCUUUCAUUUGUGAUCUUUUUUAUGUUGUACGAGAGUCCAUUGCGUGUGUGUGUGUGUGUGUGGGAAAGGUUUUGAUUUAAAAAUAUAUUGUGUGUUUUACAGUAUCAGGGAAGCAGGCAAUAAAUGUUGUACAGUAGGA